AUGACCAGAAAUACAGACUUAAAAUUUUGCACAGUAUGUGCUUCUAAUAAUAAUAGAUCUAUGGAAUCACACAAAGUGUUACAAGAAGCUGGAUACAAUGUAAGUUCGUACGGGACAGGUUCUGCUGUAAGAUUACCAGGUUUGUCUAUCGAUAAACCAAACGUAUAUCCCUUUGGUACACCUUAUAAUGACAUUUAUAAUGAUUUAUUAUCCCAAUCACCUGAACGUUAUAAAGCUAAUGGAUUAUUACAAAUGUUGGACCGUAAUCGUAAAUUGAAGAAGGCACCUGAAAAAUGGCAAACAAAUACAAAGACAUUUGAUUUCGUUUUCACUUGUGAGGAAAGAUGUUUCGAUGCCGUUUGUGAAGAUUUGAUGUUGAGAGGUGGUCAUCUUAAUCAAAUGGUUCAUAUAAUAAAUAUUGAUAUUAAAGAUGAUAAUGAAAAUGCAAAAAUUGGUGGUAAGGCAAUAUUAAAAUUAGCUGAUAUGCUUAGUGAAAAAGUUCAAGAAUGUGAAGAAUCUUUCAUACCGUUUGAAGACAUCAUUAUGGAUAUACUGGCGAUAUGGCAACAAGAUCAUCCUAAGCUGCCACUUUUAUAUUCUCCUGGUUUUUAUUAG